CCCGCAGUCUGGUAUAAAGUGCCAUGACCCCCUAGGCAGCAUGCCAAGCCUGGCGGGCAUCCGGGACAGGACUUUGUACAGCCAUGGCGCAACACUGGGGCCCCCAAAGGCUUGCAGGUGGACAGACACAGGACAGCUAUGAGGACAGCACCCAGGCAAGCAUCUUCACCUAUACCAACAGCAAUGCCACCAGAGGCCCCUUUGAAGGCCCCAAUUACCACAUUGCUCCCAGAUGGGUGUACCACCUCACCAGCCUCUGGAUGAUUCUCGUGGUCAUUGCGUCUGUCUUCACUAAUGGGCUUGUGUUGGUGGCCACCAUGAAGUUUAAGAAGCUGCGCCACCCUCUGAACUGGAUCCUGGUGAACUUGGCAGUCGCUGACCUAGCAGAGACCAUCAUCGCCAGCACUAUCAGUGUUGUGAACCAGGUCUACGGCUACUUUGUGCUGGGCUACCCUCUCUGUGUUGUGGAGGGCUACACUGUUUCCCUGUGUGGGAUCACAGGCCUCUGGUCCCUGGCCAUCAUCUCCUGGGAGAGGUGGCUGGUGGUCUGCAAGCCCUUCGGCAACAUGAGAUUUGACGCCAAGCUGGCCAUCGUGGGCAUUGCCUUCUCCUGGGUCUGGGCUGCUGUGUGGACAGCCCCACCUAUCUUUGGUUGGAGCAGGUACUGGCCUCAUGGCCUGAAGACGUCGUGUGGCCCAGAUGUGUUCAGCGGCACCUCGUACCCUGGGGUGCAGUCUUACAUGAUGGUCCUCAUGGUCACGUGCUGCAUCAUCCCGCUCAGCAUCAUUGUGCUCUGCUACCUCCAAGUGUGGCUGGCCAUCCGAGCAGUGGCAAAGCAGCAGAAAGAAUCUGAGUCCACCCAGAAGGCUGAGAAGGAGGUGACACGCAUGGUGGUGGUGAUGGUUUUUGCAUACUGCCUCUGCUGGGGGCCCUACACCUUCUUUGCAUGCUUUGCAACUGCCCACCCUGGUUAUGCUUUCCACCCUCUUCUGGCCUCCCUACCAGCCUACUUUGCCAAAAGCGCCACCAUCUACAACCCCAUCAUCUACGUCUUUAUGAACCGGCAGUUUCGAAAUUGCAUCUUGCAGCUUUUUGGGAAGAAGGUUGAUGAUAGCUCUGAACUCUCCAGCACCUCCAAAACGGAGGCCUCAUCUGUCUCUUCAGUAUCACCUGCCUGAGAUCUGCCUCCUACCUGUCCCACCCUCUGAGGCUUUGGCUACCUCUCCCCUACCUUCUUCUCCAUCCAUGUGAAAUAAAUGCAAUUUCUCUUUGCCCAAACCAA